CGAAACCCUAUAAUUACAAAUACCAAUUCCACAUGUGGUUAACACACGUACGCCGCACAUACUCGACUCUCUCUUUCUGUCUCACGUCUCUCUGUGUCAAUCCAACCUAAUGGUAAAACACAGAAGGAAGAAGAAGAAGGUCGCAUGUAGUAGUUAAUCUUUCCUCGAAUUUGAGGUCUGUAUCGCAUUAGACAGUAGCGGCUUAAUUACCACAAGGUGGUAUUCGGAUACCGUCCUAAUCUAGUCUCUCUGUGGAACCAACUUAUGAGUCGAUACCUUUCCAUCGAUUGACGGUAGUGUCCUACCAUUUUUUGGUAUGUAGUACUACUAACAUCACAAGGCCAACAAAAUAGGGUUCUGGUUGGUAGCCGACUAUCGGUCCUACUAGUGACCUAGCGGGUGGAGAUACCAAGGUUCAAGAUGAAUUUCGAAGCAAUCCCGGAGGGUGAUGAAGAUGCGGAGAUGUGUAUGGGUUAGACGUCAGCUACAAAAUGAGCAGUGGCGUGUUAUUUUCUCUAUGAGGUGUCAUUUUCUCUUUUAUUUUUCUUAGCUACAGCUGGCUUGUAUAUAAAGCCUUGGACUCUUUUUCUCUGUGAUGUGAUGGAAUAAUAAACAAUAAGCAGCAAUUUUCUCUUUACGGUUAUAACAGACUCUUUCUUCUACGUUUGAAUCUCCCAUGGAGAUUCUGAGAUUCAUCUUCUUCUUCACGAUUCCAUUCUUGUUUUGAUAAAAAAAAUCAACAUGGUACCAGAGCUAUCUACUCGAUUCUAGGUACGAUUUCUUCUGGUUGUUCUGUGGUUUCUGAAUCUCAGUCCGUCUUCCUCUCGUCCCUGUACCUAACGAAUUCAUAACCCUAAUUCAUGGCUGAAAACACUGAGAAUUCUACGACCUCUACCAUAAGCCCUUGAAUGAACGUUUUGGCCAAUGUAAUGGUGCUAGACUAUAUCAAUUGCAGAAAGAAAUUUGUUCUACAGUGCAAGGGAGUUCUGACAUUUUGUCCUAUUUCACUAAACUUAAAAGGACAUGAGAUGAACUCAACAUUGGUUCUAAUCUCCCUCAAUGUACUUGUGGAGUUGUACAUGCCUUAGUGAAACAUGAACAGGAUCAGAGGCUUAUCCAAUUCAUGAUGGGACUGAAUUCUAAGUAUAACACCAUCAGUGGAAACAUUUUGGUAAUGAGGCCCUUACCUUCUGUUAUAGAAACUUACAGUUUAUUAAUUCAUGAAGAAAGGAAAAGGGAGAUUCAGGCUGCUUCUCCUCUCAUAGCAGAUUAUGCUGCACUCAAUGCUACAACUCAAAACAACUUCAAACAUGGAAACAACCAGGGGGGGGAAGGAGGAUACAAAGGCAAGUUUGAUUACAAGAAAUCAGUCACAUGUGAGCAUUUUAAGAAACCUGGCCACACAGCAAACAAGUGUUAUAGGCUUGUGGGUUUUCCCAAAGACUUCAAGUUCACCAAAGGAAGGAAAAUUACAGCACAUACCAUGUCUGAAGAAGAAUCAGUUGAAGAAAAUGGAAAUAACAAGAACCAUGAUGAGUUGUUUAAUUAGUUCAUUCACUUCAUGAACUCAGUUCAGCUUGGAAAACAAGAUGUUGAUAGAGGAUCUAAAUCUCAUGCUUUCUCUGCUCACAUGGCAGGGCCCUUCAAUGAAGAGGCCACUAGUUC